AUGCCUUCAAAAUCGAAUAUCUCUUCUUUGGAAAAUAAACUUAAGGCCUCCAAAUUUCGAUGGCUAAAUGAAAAAUUAUAUACAACCACAGGGGACAAAUCGCUUUCUCAUUUUAAAGCCAAUCCGGAGCUUUUUACGCAGUAUCACGAAGGGUUUUCCAUGCAGGUCGGGCUGUGGUCUGUGAAUCCUUUGGAUUUAAUCAUCGAUGAACUGCUGUCCUACAUUGAUAAGCGCGCUAAACUUCUUGCUCCACUUGUGAUUGCAGACCUUGGAUGUGGUGAGGGCAAGCUUGGAACAUCACUGUCUUUGCUUGGGGUGGAAGUUUACUCAUUUGAUUUGGUAUCCACACAAGAGCAUAUCAUUGCUGCAGAUAUUUCAAACAUCCCUUUGUCCUCAAGUAGCGUUGACAUUGCUGUUUUUUGCCUCUCUCUAAUGGGAACAAAUUGGCCAGAUUUUAUUGACGAAGCACUUCGGAUUCUUAAAGAGGGUGGUUUUCUUUACAUUGCUGAGGUUCGCUCUCGCUUCGAUUCCGGUAUCAAGCCAUUCGUUGAUCAGCUGCAAAAUUUGGGUCUCAAGCUGCUAGCAAAGAGGAGCGAAGGCGACAAGUUAAAUGCAAAAUCUCAACCUUUCUACUCAAACCAUGCAUUUAUAAAAGAAGGUAGAUGCUCACACAUUGCUCUGCCUGUAAACUCGGGUAUCAAUUAUACUUGA